ACAACUGUUGCUGAAUUUGUACUUCUAGGAUUUGGAGACCUUCCUAGACUUCAAAAUCUCCUCUUCUUACUGUUCCUAAUGAUAUACUUGGCAACUAUGGCGGGGAACCUCCUCAUUGUUCUACUAGUUAUAUUUGAUCAGUCGCUUCACACCCCCAUGUACUUCUUCCUCGGAAACCUGUCUUUCCUGGAGUCCUGCUAUAGCUCCACCAUCCUGCCGAAGGCGUUGGGUGGACUUCUGACUGGGGAUGGAAGCAUAUCAGUUGCAGCCUGUUUUCUACAGUUUUUCAUGUUUUCUUGCUUAGGAGGUGCUGAAUGCUACCUUCUCGCCAUGAUGUCUUAUGACAGAUACUUAGCAAUAUGCAAGCCUCUCCAUUAUGCGAUCCUUAUGAGUGGCAGAUUGAGUUUCCAGUUAGCAGCUGUGUCCUGGGUGAGUGGAGUUUUGGUCAGCACAACCUUGACUUUGAAAAUAUCCUGGUUAUCCUUCUGUGGUCCGAAUGAAAUCGAUCACUAUUUUUGUGAUAUUAGUUCUGACAUUAGGUAUGUUUCCUGCAGUGACACUCACAUAUUUGAACUAUCAGGUCUCAUAUUUACCUGCGCCUUCACUCUUCCUCCCUUUCUUCUCACCUUGUCAUCUUAUAUUUUCAUCAUUGUUUCUGUUCUCAGAAUCCCAUCCAAGACUGGGAGAAGAAAAGCCUUCUCCACUUGUUCCUCUCAUCUCACUGUGGUUGCCUUGUAUUAUGGAACAUUGAUGCUUGUCUAUAUGGUACCCAGAUCCAAGAACCUAAGAGAUGUGAAGAAAAUGUUCUCUCUUUUUUACACAGUGUUGACUCCUCUGGCCAAUCCCCUAAUAUACAGCCUAAGAAAUAUGGAAGUGAAGGAAGCCAUAAGAAGGGGUUGCAAGAGGUUUAUCACAUAUAUGACACUGUAA